CCCAUUCUGCAGUAACCCAUAGCAACCAAUGCUUGGUAUGAGUGUACUUAUAUGAGUGGUGCUUGAUAUGAGUAGACACAUUUAUCACAUAAACCCUUUUAUGCAUAAAGCUAUUAAGGCUAUGCGCUCCCCACAGUGAUUGGUUGUACAUACCCUACACUGGCCAGUCCUACACUCACUUUCAUCCCUACAACCCUUUCAUUUCUUUUUAUAUUUAAAGGGAAAUUGUAUUUUGAAUUUUGCAGUACAUGUUGGUAUUUAUGUUCUGUAAAACUAAGCAUAUAGCUAUUUUUUAUGUAUAGAAAGCCACUGUAUCUCUACAUCCAAUCCAUGUUUAUCACAGACUGAGCUUGAGAUCAAGGCCACAUCCUGUGCUCAUGGUUGUUUUACUCAUCACCUUUGGCCAGGACGCGUGUAAUGUGCCCAACCUCACCAUUUCCCACAGCUCAAGCUACCAGCAUUAAACCUUCCAAACAACCAUCAAAGAAUGUUUCCUCUUCUUCUCAUCCUUCUGAACCUAUUUACAUGUGGCUCUUCUACUUCACCACCACUUACAUAUGACUGCCGCCUUGCCAAAGGUGAUGAAUGCAUAAAAUUAACCUUCAUUCCAGGCCACAGCCUUUUGGGAAUGGGAUUUGACAUUGUAACCUUGAAAAGGACAGAGGCCUAUGUAGUAGAUAUGCAUAGGUUUUCUGGUAAGAACAAGAAGUGUAUGGUGUGCAAUAACCCACACAAAAACAAUGCCCGGCAGAAACUGCCUUUUGCAAUUGCAGACUGGAGGCCUUACAGUUCCUGCUCUAGGAAGAUUACCAGUGAAGUCUCCCGUUCUUCUGUCUCUUUGGCUGAGGAUGCCGCUUCAGGAGUUCAGAAUGACUGGAAGGCAGGUUUGGAGCUUCAGGCUCCUGUGGGAAAUGCAAAACUGGUACUUGCUGGAUCCCAGUCCCAACUGGCUAAGUUUACAGAAAGUAAAACUAAUCGUGACCGUUACAGUUUUCUUCGACAUCAGCUCAAAUGUUUCUACUACAGUUUCCGCCUCAUAUACAAUCCUCCAUUAAGUAAAGAUUUCCAAAGAGAACUUAAAGACUUGCCAAAGAUUUAUGACACCAGUACACAGGAAAAGUUUUAUAGAUUUAUUCGAGUUUAUGGCACUCAUUAUAUCAGCCAAGCUGAAGUGGGAGGCCAAGUGUCAGAGGUCACAGCAAUCAAGACUUGCCAAUCGACCAUGGAUGGCCUGUCGUUGGAUGAACUGAAGGACUGCCUCAGCAUGGAGGCCUCUGCUUCUGUCACAGGCAAAAUGGAGGCCAACGCUGAAGCCAAAACCUGCAAGGAAAUGAGCCAGAAAGCGACCCAUGGUGAGAGUUUUCACAAGACCUUCAAUGAACGAGACUGGCAGAUAUCUGGUGGCAAAGUGACAUUUGAUCUCCUUUCAUUCGACGUAAGUAAAGAUGGAAACACGGCUGCCUUUGGAGAAUGGAUGGAGAGCCUCAAGACACAUCCAGAUAUUGUCACCUACUCCCUUGAGUCCAUUCACAAUCUAGUGAGAUUUAAAGGGCCACAAAAAGAACAUCUCAGGAAAGCUAUUAGUGAUUUCAUUAUGGAGAAGGCUCUGAGGAAGAACUGUUCAUGCCCAGGAAAUUCUCAUCCAAGCCACGGGGCAGAGUGUUCAUGUGUCUGUAGCCAAAGCCCUGACACAAACACAAAUUGCUGCCCCACUAAAAGAGGGUUUGCUAAGCUAGUGGUGACUAUUAAUCAAGCCUCAGGUCUCUGGGGUGAUUAUGGGUCUAAAACUGAUGCUUAUGUGAAAGUCAUGUUUCGUUCCACAGAGACAGUGACAACCACCAUGUGGAACAAUGAUAACCCGGUCUGGAACCAACGUUUUGAUCUGGGAGUUGUGGAACUAAGCCCAGGGGCAGAGCUGAAGAUCGAAGUUUGGGAUGAAGAUAAUAAAUAUGAUGAUGACCGCAUUGGGUUCUGUAAAAUCUCCCUGACCAGUGAGUUAAACAAACAAAUCUGCUACUGUGACCAUGGGCGCCUAGAUUACACUCUAAAGUUGGCUUGUCUUCCUCAUCUCUCCGGGCCCUUCUGCCACGAUUAUGCCCCAUCUAAAGAAUAACCUCAUAUUUAUAUUUAACCUCCACAUAUAUAUAUAUAUAUUUUUUUUUUUUUUUUUUUUUAAAUAUGGAAAUUAAUUUUAUUUUGUAAAAUUUUUUAAAUGAGUUUUAAAGAAUUCUCUUCAAAUUACUGCACAAAGGAACUACUGGCCGUCGCUAAAUAAUUGCUUUUUGUUACUCCUUCCACUAUAAAGCUAUUUAUCUUCUUAUCAAACAAGACUUUACUUGUACAUGAGAAUA